GCCGCGUGGCCCGCUGCGCCGCCCGACUCCCGAGCGCGCCAGCGAAAAAACCAGUCCAUCGCCGGCAACGGUCGCCGCAGCUUCGCUCCGUGCGCCGCCGCUCGCCAGUUCACCGCUCCUGGUGGGGGAGCCGCGUGUGCGCGCGUUUUGAAUCCUGUCGUGCAUGCUGCGACGCCUUGACCCGUGCGCUCGACCGAAGACGCUCGCUCACCACUUCGACGCCUGCGUGCUGCAUCGCGGUCGUCGGCUGAAGACGGCGUCUCCGGGAGUCAGGAGGCGUGACUUGUCGCGCGCUUGUGCGUCCGCGCGCUGCGCCCACCUCCACCCGUAUCGCGACGGGUCACUCGCUGCGUGAAUGACCACGUCCGAGGUCUGACCGACCGAAGUGGCGGUGAUGGUAGCACGUUACUGUUACUCGUAGAAAGUUUCCCUUUCGCCGCGGAUUGUACCUGUGGAGUGUUGUGUUUCUUUCGAGAACAAGAAAAACUCGAGUGGAGUGAUAGCUAACGUUUUGGUCAACGUCGACUUGCGGUGCAAAGAAACACGCCACUGUCAGUGCGCUGCCAUUCUACGCCGGCCCCAGCACGUCUGCUGCCUGUGAUUUCACUUGACGGGUUCGAUCACCGAGUGGCCGCGAAGUGCGCGGUGUUUUUUUUUUUUUCGAAAGUGGCGGAAGGAAAGACGACGAAGUCAUCAUCUGCGGAAACCUGCGCGGGGAAAUAAGUGCUCUUGGCUGGCUUGUGUGCUAUUUUUUUUUCUCCACAUUUUAUUGUUUGUGUCCCCUUUGUCUUUGGUUGUGCGUUUCACCCGGAGGCGCCAAACAUGAGUGUUGUUCAACCCCAGCGUGCCGCGGGCCUGUGGAUACCGUUCGCCCUCGUCGCCGCCAGCACCGUCAUAGGUAAGGAUAAUCCGACGCUUGAUGUCUCUUUGCAGCUUGUCACGCGACGAGAGGUAAAUGGUCUGGUAUCUGGCGUGCAAGAGUUCGAGAAAACACCAUCGGACGCAGAGGUAAACCCUGGAACCGAAGUGCGGUUGCAGUGCCAGGUGCGAAAUCGACGAGGCGAGUGUGUGUGGCUUAAGAAUGGCUACGCUGUGGGUAAGAUCCCGGACAAGUACGACUUCGAGCGAGAGCCGCAGGACGGCGACUGCUCGGUGCUCAUCCGCAAAGUCAACUUGGACGAGGACGACGGCUCCUGGCAGUGCCAGGUCACCAGGGCCUCCCUGCAGGAUGCGCCCCUCAACUCUAAUGUCGCGAAGCUCGUUGUGAGAGAGAAGCCGCACCCUCCGCGGCUAGAGGAAGGCACCCAGCCGCUGACCGGGCAGUUCAAGACCAAGGCGGGCGACCUGCGGAGGUUCCAGUGCGUCUCGCGCAAGGGGAACCCGCCAGCGUCGCUUCGCUGGCAGCUGGACGGCCAGGAUGUGACCACCCUCGCCAACCAGACCAACCAGACGGAUGUGGAGAAGCGUGGCACGUGGCAGGCCCUGUCCGUGCUGGACUACACCUUCGUUAAGGAACACAACGGCCGGGAGCUGCGCUGCGUCGCCUACCACGGCGCCUACGAGGACCCGUCCGGUGGGCCGGGACACCGGGACGCCAGCGUCAUUCUUGACGUCAUGUACCCUCCCGAGAUCAAGUACGAGGGCCAUCCUCGCGAGGAGGUUGAAGAGGGCGGCUCGCUGACGCUGAAUUGCGUGGCGGACGCCAACCCGCCGGCGAACAUCCUGUGGCGCAAGUCAGGCCAGUCGAGCAUCUACGACAUCAGCCAUAGCAUUCAUUUCAGCUCCAUCCAGCGCACAGACUCUGGCGUCUACAGCUGCUCGGCCAAGAAUGACUUCGGAGAGAGCGCCGAGAUACAGGUCACCGUCAAUGUCAAGUACAGGCCGAAGAUCAUCCAAGUGGACCCUUCGUCGCCGGCCACUUUCAACGUGGACGACGUCAUGACGUUGCACUGUGUUGCGGAAGGAAACCCCGUGCCCAAGAUUACAUGGCUGCAGCAGAACGGCCGAGAUCCCAACGUGUGGAACAUCCGUGGCCGCAACGCAACGCUAACGUUGGCCAACGCCAGCUACAGCUACCAGGGAAUCUACCGCUGCGAAGCGAGCAACGUGGUCAAGAACCAGCCCUAUCGCGUCCAGUCGCAGGAAGUGCGCAUCGAUAUUCGAGGCCCUCCGCAGAUAAUGGCGGAAAGCAUGAAGACCCGUCCUGUGGUGGUUGCCAGCAAGGAGGAAGACGUGGCGAUCACGGUGGUGUUCUGCGCCGACCCCAAGCCCGUGGAGACCUUCUGGGGCUGGGGCUCCUACAAGCUAAAGACGGGCAGCGCCCUCGGACGCUUCGUGGCAGAGCCCCUCCUAUCGGACGAAGAGCUGGAGGACUGUUACGAGUCUCGUCUGCUCAUUCAGAAGGUCGAGAGUGACGACUCCCGAAAGUUCACGCUGUUUGUGGACAACGGGAAGGGCAAGGCUUCAUACUCGGUGGCCUUAGAAGUCAAGGAACCGCUGGCAAUGACACUGGUCAUUGCUAUUGCCGUAGGAGGCGUCGUCUUCCUGAUUGUCUUCCUAACCCUGUUUGUGUACCUCGUGAGGUCAGAGAAGAUGUGCUUCAGACGUCGGCAUAAGUUUUCGCCAGACGGAGAAAGUGAUGUGGGCAGCACAAACUCACAAGGUACGCCCCUGUCCAAGAAACAGCCAGGAGGGGGAGGAGGUCACGUGGCCAUCCCACCGGACGCACUCUACACACCUACAUCCAAGAACAACGGCUCUUCCAAGGACGCAACCCAGUACGAAAACGUCAAGAAUGGAUCGCAGAACGGCCGACCCGAGCCCCCUCCGCGAGCAUCCGACGGAAGCAUCGUGUAUGCCAGCCUUGACCUUCCAGCGGUGGCCACCCAGAACGGCAGCAGGCCAGCGCCGGAGCGCACAGAGUAUGCCGAGCUGCAGUUCCAAGCCAACGGCGCACAGCAGCUCUCAUCGGAGCACGUGUCACUCUAAGCCACCACUGGACGAAAGGUCCACCCGGUGCAGGACGCACUCAAAGACUAACCGACAAAGCGACGUGCGACUGCUUCAGGGAGGGUGCCGCGCGUGCUAGACUCACUGACCAUGAAAUGUAACGACGUCAGCUUGCCAUGUUUUGUUACUUAGUUAAAGAAAGGAUCCUGGUGUCUCUUUGCGAAGUACUGUUGUCCCAGCCGUUGCUUGUGUUGCAGAUGCUGCUAUGUUAGUCAGAGUUCUCUGUGCUGUGCCUAGCGCAGGCCAAAUAGUUCUCCUUAUGGCCUUCUAUGCUGUCGCUUGGAACGUAGCAUAGGAAAGCGUUGCCGCGACCAGCCACCUAUAAAAAUGGGCAACACCUAUUUGUUAGCUGCGUUUAUUAAGGUUAAUGAAACGCUUCCUAACCAACUCUGCAAUGCAAACAGAAGGUUCGCGACUUCACAAGCAAACCAAAAUGAGUAUGAACACUCCUGAGAAGCACAGAGCCUCUCUAGCAUUCACUUCAGCUGAAUACUGGGCUAAUUCAGAGCUGUCGUGGCCACAAUUUCCGCAGUAACUCUAUGCGCCCGGCACGUCCCGUAACCAGACUAUUCGUCGAAUGUGCCGCUGUGGGCGACGUACGUCGCGCCACAUAAAACUAUAUUGGUUCUAGUAAGCGGAACAAGAUUAUGGUAUGUUUCUCUCAUUGCUUGCGAAAGCGGGCUCGGCUAGUGGCAAGUUGAAAGUCAGUCCUAGUUUUCUUCCGACGCGGGCAAUAGCGUUGCUCUCAACAAGGCUGCUGAAAGCUAUGUUCUGCUUUGCGGAAUCGUUGUAUUUUUCUUGUGAUUGCGCACGCUUCGCACGAACGCUUUCGACUUGUCUGGCCUAUAUUUAUGUAAAAUAGGAGCUAGGUGCUUAAGGCGACGCAAAAAAAAUAUUUAGAGGCAAUUUCGUGCUUUCGAAUUGCUGUUAGAUUAACCUACUUUGGCAUCUCAGCAGGUUAGUCUCUUAUGGAAAUAGGUGAAGUGAUUCAUUACUCUGCAUGGUGCUUGGUAGUUCUAGCACCUUCUAUAUCUGAGUACAGCGUCAGAAUAGUUGAGGCCAUGAAUUUGCCUCUGAUCGCACUUACUGCAGAAUGAGGUGCGAUUGUCAAGCGGGACCUCCCACAUUUACACGUUGCCCUUGUUGAACAGUGAACACGACUUAUCGAUUGCGGUUUCUUAUUGGCGUCAAUCCUGUCUCGCGCGUUGCACGGAUCCCGUCUGCACUCUAGAAGUUCACCAGCGUCGCGCAAGCCAUGUCGUCUAGCGAGUGGCUCGGAGACGGUGGCACCGAGUUACGGAUGAAGCUUGCACUGCCCAGCUCACUCCUGUGUAACCGGAGACGAGAGUCCGUCCCCGUUUGCGACGUGUCUGAGUUCAGAGCCAUAUUUUGUAUGCCUAUACUGUUGUGUCAUGUGGAAAUGCGUGUCUGUUUUGCCUUUGAGUGUGUGUUUGCAUGUGUGUUUGUGGGCUACGUUAAAAGCGACAGGGCAGCUUUACGUAAGCCGCCUGUCUUUGUAUUGAGGAGAUGUAGUGAGGCAAGACCUUAAUCAACAAUGUAAAUGUAAAUAGCAACAGUCGUUUCUUCACUUCUUUUGGUGCACAAGCCUAAGUACCGUACGGCCACAUGUCUCGUCCUUUAAGAUAGGAAAAUGCAUGAUAUAGGAAACAAAUAUAUCUGUAAGGACUUGCAUUACCAGUGUACUUAAAGAGCACAUUUGUGCGUGAGUAUUCUAUGAAGGACUUUUUGUGGAAGAGUAUUACUGAUGUAGGAAUACGAAUUCUGGUUAGCCUCUUUAGAGUGUCACGUGAUCGAAAUGAACUGGUUUCUUUGGAAUACAGUAGUACGUACGAUUAAGCUUAGUCCUUUCAGCCUAAACUCACUCGCCACGCAACCAGCAUAUCCAAUUCUCUGAAAUGUUCAAAUGUGCUCUUAUUCGAUCUCGUGGGAUAGUAUGGCACUAAUGCGCGUGCUGACAAAUGUCGCGACAUACCAGGAGUUGACAGCUUCGGAGUCACGGCAUGCUGAAAAGUAUUCGCGGUUCAGUAUCUGAAUAUGUUCGAAAAAUUCUUAUACAAUUGCAAAGCAGUAUGCAACACAUAAAAACUUACACGAGUAAAAACAGACCUAAAGUAAACCAUUUUUAGAGCAAUAUCAUCAGUACAGGUAAUCGUCUUUGUUAUGGGCGUUUUCAUUCUAUAAGUUUUUGAAGUAGAUGUGCUAUAGGAAAUUCAUAGUAUGUCUGGUGUAAAGACUAAGAGGCACAUGAGCUUUAUUGGUAUCGCUCGCUGCAUCCCGUCCGCAGCGCGCAGCAAUACAGACAGAGGCCUAGGUUCAACCAACAGUACUUACUCACGCAACUCGAGUACCGUGCACCCGGCCAGACAGCUGACCUUGAGGUGCGAAGGCUUCGUCUUUUAUGUAGCCCCACGACUGGGGUGCGCAUACGCCAACAAGGUAGUAAGCGCGCGAGGGCUCCACGGGCGGCGCCCUACAUCCUGUAAUACGUAAGUUUAAAGAAAGCCGCACUGAAAUAGUGGGCGGCAUCACAGUGACGAAAUUUUGAUGAGACCCGUGAACAACUACCUUGUUUCUUUUCGGUUAUUAUCACGUGACUCAGUUUGUCCAAGAGAACUCGAACCACAUGGCGGGGCGACCUUCACAGAGCUCUUUGCCUUGACAGAUUGGCCAAGAGAAACGUAAAAAGUCAUCGCACAUGCUGCACCGAGCAAUCCAGUACGGAUAUCAUGCUUCGUAGUUAGCACUAAGCAGAGUCCGGUGCUGCUGCACUUCGAACAAUGGAGUCUAAAGCAUAGGCACUGUGGUCGAGAUCCCGAAAACGUCCAAUAAAGUGAUUUUGUUAUAACAAGGGUUUGUUUCACAUUGUAUCGUCAAGUAUUAAACUUAUUAGCUGUUCUUUAAGCGCAUCAGUGCGCAGUGGCCACGGCAAAUUCAUUACACAUUAUAGUUACAAAAGUUAUUUGCCAUAGGCAUUAUUAGACAUGAUGGCAGUAAAAUGCUCGGAAGUCUACGCUUUCUACACAAGGCCAAACAAUGUCAUUUGCUAUGUAAGGGCGUUUGUCGUAUAUGGAACCUUGCCAACGAUUUACAAGUUCUUACCGCCUUAGCAUGUCAUGGUGUGAAAGAAAUUAAACAUUAAAAUGUUUUCCUUCAUGUUCAUUUACAUAUAAGGAGUCCAGGAUUGUAAACGACAAUGUAACGAGUUGCGCAUUCAGUUUGGUAAAGGUGAAUAAAUAUUGUACUUGCAUGAAAACAUGAAGUGCGGAAGAGCAUGUCAAAAAUAACACAAUAAUGUGAAUAGCAAUUUAUCCUCCCCUACUAUAAACAUAUUUCCAACUCUCAUUGUACAUACAGUGUAGUGAACUAUGUAUAUCGUCAACCAGUGGAGAUGUUUCGCACACAGGCUUUUACAACACAAAAACAGCUUAUUACUUUUUUUAGAUCAUUCGUGAGUGUACUGCUAUUUGUGAUGUCCAGUAACGUGUGUGUGCAUGUGCGCGUGACUGAUAAGAUGGAAGAACAAUAGAUUAAAACACAAGCUUUUGUAGUCAUUGGGGCACCAGAUGAAGAGCCCUUUGUUAGUCUUGAUAUUAUCUGUCUUCCUUGUGUCAGAAGUGAAGCUUUGGUUUGCAUAGUAUUUGCAGCAACAUCUAGACUCUGGUGAUGAAUGCCAAAAGCUGCGCGCUUGUCUCUACAAAUGAUGUUGUGAAUAUAUACUGACGCUUUUACGCUGCUUUAAUGUUCUGAGGUGACGGACGAAAAGUGGCCUCUGCUCAUAAUUUUCUGUCAUGAACCUGUCCCAUAGUUUCUGUGAGAAAUAUCCUCAAUUUGCGCAAGAGAUUCUGUUAUUUCUCGCCUUGGUUUUUGAUAGGUCGGUAAGUUUGUCCUAAUGAAAAUCGAGACAUUAUAUUCAGGUCUUGUUCGUCACAGAGGAAGUACACUCAGCUUUUUCUUCAUUGUUAUUCUGCUUCUGAUGCUGCUCGCUUAGACCUACGCGAUAAACGUUUGCCAAAAACGCUUGCUUGUAGCACUUUUAAUACACAUUCAGUCAUCAGAGACGGAAGUUUCUAUUGACCACUUAUCUUUCGAGAAGUAAGACAGUAUCUGCGUUAGUGGCACUAACAUGAAAUUAUUACUCUUCUCGCCAUUUUCCUCUUGAACAGCGUGACACUCAGUACACAAUUGUUUGUGCCACGGAAUACGAGCUCUUUGCAAUUCAAUAUUAGAAAACCUGGUUUUCUUAGAUUGCAUUCAACAAAUUUAACAUUCUAAGCUACGUAACCUUAUCAAAUGUUUAUUUUGGUCCUUUAUAUUCCUCUCACUGACCGACCAUCAGGUAUCUUCAUAGCAGCAUCCAGCGUUUCCUGCUGGUCAAGAAGCAAAGCACAGCACUCUACAGAUACACUAGUGCAGCAGCUCUGCAAAACGCUAUCUCUAGCAACUGCUCAAAGAGAAUAAGGAAACAAAGUACAACAUUCAUCAUUCCAUAAAAAUAAAUUAUCUCCGUCUUUUUAACUGAGCUGCUUAACUUGCAACUAGCACUUAGUCAAUUUUGCUAGUUGACACAGAAUCUCUAAUCUUGCAUCCUUCCGUACUCUUGCACAUCAUCCGCGGAAACCCUAUAUACUGCUUCAUCAUGCACGCUACGCUACUGCAAUCACAUAUAAGAACCAUCAUUCACGUGAGGACUCCAACGCCGCAAGGUUAUCGAUAUUUGUUACUUUUUCUAUGUAGUUAUAUAUCCGGCAUUCGUGCAACUUCAUGCGUCUGGUGCGAUUGAACUUGCGUUUUUGAAUUUAUGGCGUCACUAAUUAGAAAAAAUAACACCCUUAGCACGGCAAACCUGCUAUGCUGUGUUUUAGGAGUGUGACAGCAAAAGGACGAAAAAUGAUCAUUCUAUUAUAUUUCCUCCAUUCUAACACCUUGCGCAGACUAUUCCAGACGACGUUUGCCUUAAGUAUGUAUCUAUCGUGUGUAAAAUUGUUUUGUAUAUCAUGCAUGUGCCACUGUAUCGCUUUUCUUUUUGCUUUGAGAACGACCUGCUCGCGGGUCAGUACGUCAAUAAAGUCUCUACACAUCAGUGUUUAUAGGCGUCGCUAGAGCCUAACUGAGGAAAAAAAGUUAUUUGUCUAGCUACAAGAAUUGCUCUUCAUGAAGCGUUCGAGAUCUCUCGGCUGUAAGUUGUGGAAAUAAAGUAUAUUUUUUCUUGUA